UUUUUUAAUGCUGGUCGGAGGCUACCUAGUGCUAGGAGAACAGACAUACACUCAGACGGACAGACAAACGUUGCAAUCUAUUUCAAAAACCCAAAAAAAUGAUUGAUCUAAUUUUUCAGAAAAAAGGCUGAGAAAAAAUGGCGGGAAUGAUGCAACAUCAGCAAAUUUCGGAGGCACAACAAGCCUAUGAUACAUUUUGGCCAAAGGUGAACGAUGAGAUCAGAACCAUGACUAUCGGAGACCUGAAGCACCAGGAGCUCCCCCUCGCCAGGAUUAAGAAGAUCAUGAAGCUCGACGAGGACGUCAAGAUGAUAUCUGCUGAGGCCCCUGUACUGUUUGCCAAGGCUGCUGAGAUAUUUAUUCAUGAAUUAACAAUGCGCGCCUGGAUUCAAAAUUUCAUGAUCUUGGAUAUAAAUAGUUUCUGA